UCUCUCUCUAUCAGUUUGCGAUUCGAUUUCUCCGAAUUCUUCUUCUAUCAUCUUCGGUUCUGCUCUCAUCUUCGAUUUCUCUGAUUUCACGCAUAUAAGAUAUAAAGCAGUUUACUUACUUUAAGAAGAAUUCGGAGAAAUCGAAUCGCAAACUGCUUUAUAUCAUCUUCGGUUCUGCUCUCAUCGGAGAAAUUCUUCUAUCAUCUUCGGUUCUGCUUUAUAUCUUAUAUGCGUGCUCUCGUUUGUGUCGCUCUCUCUCUUUAUCGUUCAUCAAGACGAUUCUAAAUCAUGUUGAUCGGAAACAGAGUUCUGAACCACAAGUCCUUACAAUUUUGUUCUUUGAUUUGCUGAGAUUACGUUUGAUUAUUAGAACGGAUUUCGAUGUUGAUUAGCUAAUUAGAGCUGUUGAAAUUAUUUAGAGGGAUUUUUACUAUGAUGAUUGGUCAAACUCGUGUUUCUUUGAUAAUUAGAGCUUGAUUAGUUUUGUAAAAAUGCGUAUGAAUCUGCUGCUUUUGUGGGGAUUGAGUUUCUGGUGAGAGUAGUACUUCUAUAAUGGUUUCGAUUUCAUGUUUUAACAUGAGAUAAUCAUGGUCAGUUCUCUGAUCUAUUGAGAUUGUUUCAGUAUGGUGGUGGCUAUCCCCUGAGUUGAAGCACUUGGAUGAGAUCAGGAACAUCGCUUGAUUGACAUUCCUGACCAUGGGCUACUGUGUGAUAUCUUGUCGUUUUCAUCUUCAGCCGCUGCUGCUGCUAGGGCUCAGGAGAAGCCACUUAUGGUGAAUUUGGACUUAUCUUUGUACAGAGCAAAGGUUCUGGCUAGGAAUUUCAGAUACAAAGACGCUGAGAAGAUACUGGAGAAGUGCAUAGCUUACUGGCCGGAGGAUGGGAGACCAUACAUGGCAUUGGGGAAGAUACUAAGCAAACAAUCCAAGUUAGCGGAAGGUUUUUCGAUGACCUUAAACCAUAUGCUUGCCAUUCCCUUGAUGUUUAUUCUAUUACCUCCAAUGUAUACACAUUCUACAUAUUGGCUUUGGGUUGCAGGAUUUUACCUCUUAGCCAAGGUGGAAGAAGCUGCUGAUAAGCCUAUAUAUAGCUGGACUCAUCAUAUUAUUAGUGGCCAUUCUCUGAAACAUUUGUACGCUGCUAUGGUCCCUGUCUUCCUUACCCUUGUGCUUGUAAAAAAACCGUUCAAACUGAGGUACAUUCUCAUAUAUAUAUGAAAUGACUGGGAAUUGCAGAUUUAUAUUCUUGACUCAUGCAUUCCAUUGUUGGAUGUUGUCACAGUUAAACACUUAUGUUUGAAUUUGUAUGUCUGCUUGUAUGUUGUUUCUGUUUAUGUUUAUGUAAUGAGUUUAACUUGUUUGGUUUCAUAUAUAAUCACAAUCGGUUAAUGUUUCUUUGUUAUGAAUGAAUUUAAGUGCUUCAGUUUU